AUGGCAGGAGAUCAGGCGCAAUUUUAUCAGUUGCUAAAUACUUUACUUUCAACCGAUAAUGAUAUCAGAUCCCAAGCAGAGGACGCAUACAACAACAUUCCAACAGAAACAAAAGUAGUGCACCUAGUGAAUUCAAUUCAAAAUGCAGACAUUGCCGAAGAUGUGCGUCAAACGGCGGCCGUGCUGUUACGAAGAUUAUUUAGUGCAGAAUUCUUUGAGUUCUUCCCGAAAUUGCCAUUUGAGCAGCAGACAGUGCUCAGAGAACAAUUGUUACUCACCCUUCAAAUGGAUCUUUCCCAGUACUUACGAAGAAAGGUUUGUGAUGUAGUCUCUGAACUGGCUAGGAAUCAUAUUGAUGACGAUGGCAACAACCAGUGGCCUGAGUUCCUACAGUUCAUGUUUACCUGUGCCAGUGCGCAAGAUCCAAACAUCAAAGAAGCUGGUAUUAGAAUGUUUACGUCUGUACCAGGUGUAUUUGGAAAUCGUCAGACUGAAAACUUGGAUGUGAUAAAAGGCAUGUUAAUAUCUGCUUUGCAGCCAAAUGAAUCGAUGGCUUUGCGAACUCAGGCAGUUAAAGCUGUAGGCGCCUUUAUACUACUACACGAUAAGGAGCCCAUCAUACAAAAGCAUUUCAGUGAUGUUCUUCUACCUUUGAUGCAGGUAAUAGUUCUGUCUAUUGAAGCAGCUGAUGAUGACUCUGCAUUGAAAGUACUCAUUGAGUUAGCAGAAUCAACACCUAAAUUUCUCCGACCCCAGCUGGAGACCAUAUUCCAAGUUUGCAUAAAGGUGGUUGGGGACAAAGAUGCUGAAGAUAACUGGCGCCAACUGGCACUUGAAGCGAUGGUAACAUUAUGUGAGACAGCACCAGCCAUGGUGCGUAAACAAGUGCCCAAUGCCGUGAGCAUGCUCACUCCACUUGUACUUGAGAUGAUGUGUGAGCUUGAUGAAGAGCCUGACUGGACCAUACAGGACAACACUGCUGAUGACGAUAAUGACCAGAAUUAUGUGGCAGCAGAAUCAGCAUUGGACCGCAUGUGCUGUGGUCUUGGUGGCAAGAUAAUGCUGGGACUUAUUGUGGGACAAGUACCUGUAAUGUUGCAAUCUGAAGAUUGGAAGAGACGCCAUGCUGCCUUGAUGGCUGUCUCCUCAGCUGGUGAAGGGUGUCAUAAACAGAUGGAACAGAUGCUCGACCAAGUUGUUACUGCUGUUCUUAAUUACCUGAGUGACCCUCAUCCCCGAGUACGUUAUGCAGCUUGCAAUGCAGUAGGGCAAAUGUCAACUGAUUUUGCACCAGUGUUUGAAAAAAAAUUCCACAGCAAAGUUGUACCUGGACUUCUGAUGGUGCUCGAUGAUAAUGCUAACCCGCGUGUACAGGCUCAUGCAGCAGCUGCUUUAGUAAACUUCAGUGAAGACUGUCCUAAACCUAUCUUGACUCUGUAUCUUGACCCAUUAAUGAAAAAGCUAGAGGCCGUCCUAACUACAAAGUUUAAAGAGUUGGUUGAAUGUGGUACAAAACUGGUACUUGAACAGAUUGUGACAACAAUCGCCUCGGUUGCAGACACUGUUGAGAAAGACUUUGUCAAAUAUUAUGACAGACUCAUGCCCUGUCUGAAGUAUAUAAUUGCCAAUGCUACUACUGAUCAACUUAAGAUGCUGCGUGGCAAGACAAUAGAGUGUGUCAGUUUGAUUGGACUAGCUGUUGGAGAAGAGAAAUUCAUGUCUGAUGCAUCUGAAGUGAUGGAUUUACUUCUUAAGACCCACACAGAAGGUGAACAGUUGCCUGCUGAUGAUCCUCAGACAUCAUAUCUUAUCUCAGCUUGGUCUAGAAUUUGCAGAAUAAUGGGCAAGAAAUUCUCACAAUAUUUACCGAUGGUUAUGGAGCCGGUAAUGCGUACAGCAGCAAUGAAGCCAGAAGUAGCACUUCUUGAUAAUGAAGAUUUAGAAACCAUUGAAGGAGACCUUGAUUGGCAUUUUGUCACACUAGGCGAACAACAAAACUUCGGCAUUAAAACUGCUGGACUUGAAGACAAAGCUUCUGCUUGUGACAUGUUAGUUUGCUAUGCUCGAGAACUAAAGGAAGCAUUUGCUGAAUAUGCUGAAGACGUUGUAAAGCUAAUGGUGCCCAUGUUGAAGUUUUAUUUUCACGAUAAUGUGAGAACUGCUGCAGCAGAAUCCCUGCCUUAUCUCCUUGAAUGCGCCCGCAUUCGCGGCCCGCAGUAUAUUCAAGGAAUGUGGGCUUACAUAGUUCCUGAACUGCUUAAAGCCAUUGACUCUGAGCCCGAACAAGAAGUGCAAGUUGAACUGCUCAACAGCUUAGCCAAAUGUAUCGAACUUUUGGGCAUGGGUUGCCUUUCUAACAAUGAGAUGAUGGCGGAAGUCUUGCGUAUUCUCAACAAGCUAUUAACUGAACAUUUCGAACGGGCUACUGAAAGGCGACAAAAGCGUGCCGAUGAGGAUUAUGAUGAGGUCUUAGAAGAACAAUUAGCUGAUGAAGAUAAUGAGGAUGUGUACAGUUUGUCUCGCGUAGCAGAUGUAUUACAUGCGCUCAUGUCUGCUUACCGCGAUUCGUUCUAUCCUCAUUUCGACACGUUGUUGCCCCAUCUUGUGCAGCUACUUGCGCCUAAUAGGCCUUAUUCUGAUCGCCAGUGGGCCAUUUGUAUUUUUGAUGACAUAAUAGAAUUCGGAGGUCCUGCUUGUGUGAAGUAUCAAGAUAUAUUCCUGGAGCCAAUGUUGAAUGCAUUACGUGAAUCUGAACCGGAAGUGCGUCAAGCCGCGGCCUACGGUUGCGGCGUACUGGCACAGUUUGGUGACGUACAGUUUGCAGCCGCCUGCGCACGAGCUGUACCUCUUUUGGCCGCCAUUGUCGCAGAGCCGGACGCGCGCUCUCUUGAAAAGAUCAAUGCAACUGAAAAUGCUAUUUCUGCCGUCGCUAAAAUUAUCAAAUACAAUCAUUCGCAAAUAAAUAGGGAUGAAAUCAUCACGCAUUGGCUGACAUGGUUACCGGUGACUGAAGAUACCGAAGAAGCGCCUCACGUGUACGCCUUAUUAUGCGAGCUCGCGAGCAGCGGACACGGUGCUUUAUCGACACCUGAUGCCCCGCAACGUGUGCUGGCCACACUCGCCGAAGCGUUUCGCGCCGACGCUGUACCAAACGAUAACCCUGUCUAUGCGCAAAUGGUUGCAUUACUUCGACAGAUACAGUCAAAUGCCGAAUUAUUUAAUUCAUGCCUCAUGACUUUAAGUAACGACCACAAGGAAGCUCUGCAGAUAGCUCUGUCCACAUAGUAACGACGCCCUAUCGACGCCCUGCACAUUAUUCUGGCUACUCCCGCUACUUAUAAAUUAUUGCACGUUAUUUUAAAGGCAUAACAUGUAUUUAUUGUGAAAGCUCAAGGAGCUGAUGACUGUUCAUGGAAUUAUUGUUAUAAUUAUAAAAUUGUCAAUACAUCACUCCAUUUGUUA